GUCUAAGAAUGUCUGCCAUUAGCCUUAACUGCCGAUUUGUGUAAGUGCUCUUCUGGUUUUUUUCACAUUUUCAAUUUUAGGAAAAUUUUAUUUUUAACACAAAGUGAUUUUGGCACCUGCAGAAAGUAGCCACCAAUUUGUGCUUCAUGCCAAGCAGUCUGAAGCCAUGUCCGGUGAUCAGAAAGUGCUGUUAAAAGGGCAUUCGUCUCAGUAUGUCAAGCUGAAUGUUGGUGGUCGCUUAUAUUAUACUACAAUCGGAACACUGACGAAGCAUAAUGAUACAAUGCUAAGCGCUAUCUUUAGUGGUCGCAUGGAGGUGCUAACUGAUUCAGAAGGUUGGAUACUAAUAGAUCGCUGUGGAAACCAUUUUGGAAUCAUACUCAACUUCUUGCGCGAUGGCAGUGUCCCAUUACCCGAAACUAACAAAGAAAUAGCUGAGCUACUUGCAGAAUCAAAAUACUACUGCAUUACCGAGCUUGCAUUGUCAUGUGAACGGGCACUAUAUGCACACAUUGAGCCAAAACCUAUUUGCCGCAUUCCAUUGAUAACUUCGCAAAAAGAGCAACAACUUCUAAUCAGCGCGUCUUCGAAACCGGCUGUUAUUUUAGUGGUGCAGCGACAAAACAACAAGUAUUCAUACACAAGCACAUCCGAUGACAAUUUAUUAAAAAAUAUUGAACUUUUCGACAAGCUCUCUCUGCGUUUCAACAAAAAAAUUUUAUUUUUAACACAAAAAUUUUGUUAUUUUUAUAACCGAAACUAA